UUUUGAUUGGCUAAGUUUACGGCGACGCGGGGUUCCUAGGACAACCAGAUGCCAAACAGGACCGAGAAAACUUACCUCAUCAAGAUAGCAACGGCUAAACAAUGCAACAAUAUGCACUUCAAGUUAAUUAAUUCAUCACUGUUUACGAAUUAAAUAGAGUACCUUAGACGGCGAGGAGGACAUCGAUCAAGCACCUCAAACAUGAGUCGUAACUGGGCUUACAGCCAGCAGCAGAGGCUGAUGUCUCAGAGGCAGAACCAGGAGCAGCACCGGCAGGAGGAGGCCGGGCGGGUGGACAGAGAGCGGCAGCAGAAGGCCGGGCUGCGCCAUGAGGACAGCUUCGAGAGGAAGAGAUUUCUGAGGCAGGUGAAGGAGGAGCUGAGGGACAGGGAGGUGGAGGCCGCCAUCAUCAAGACAGAGGAGGAAAGAACAACCAGAAAAAAACAACUUGAACAAGAGGAGAGAUUGGCUAAUGAGCUGGCCCGCAUCAACUGUGAGGCACAAAGAGAAGAGAAAAUGAGGCAGCAUAUCAAAGAGAACAGCUUGGAGCUUCGAGAGCUGGAGUCAAAGCUGAAGUCUGCAUAUCUGAAUAAGGAGAGAGCUGCACAGAUUGCUGAGCAUGAAGCUAUGAGGCUUGAGACAAAGCGCGCGGAGGCAGAUUUAGGACGCAAGAUGAAGAGCGAACAUGAGCGAGCAGCCGCUGAGAAGCAGAAGCUGGAGCAGAAACAGCACGAGGAGCUGGUGCGGUAUCAGAGAGAGCUCGAGCUGCAGCUCAUGGAGAAGGAGCGCAAGAGACAUGAGGCAUACGAGGAGUUCCUCAAGGAGAAGCUCAUGGUGGAUGAGAUUGUCAGGAAGAUUUACCAUGAGGAUCAGAUGGAGAGGCAACUGAAGCUGGAGAAGGUCAGAGCCACUCAGCAGCACAUUGAAGAAUUCAAGAUGCAGCAGGCCGAGUGGAGACACAUGGAGCUAGAGAGGAUGGAGGCCGAGAACAAACGCAUCAAGGAGUUUGCAAGUCAACAGGAGCACCAGGAGGAGAGCAAAAUGGCCAAGCUCAAAGAGAGAGAAGAAGCAAAGGAGCAUCUUCAUAAAAUACUGUCUGAGAAGAUGGAAGAGAAAAGGCAGCAUCGUGAAGAGAUGGAGCGAGUCCGUGAGGAACUCCAUUCAGAAGAACAAGAAGAGGCUCACAGGCAGAGAGAAAUUGAAGAGAUGGAAAAGAAAAUCCGACAGAGGCUGGUGAUGCAGCAGACCUGCCAGGAGCAGAUGGCCUUCAAAGAGAUGCGAAGGCAGGCAGAGAAAGAAGAAGAGGAGGCCUUCAGGAAAAUAAUGAUGGAUAAGUUUGCAGAGGACGAUCGCUUGGAGCAGAUGAACGCCCAGAAAAAACGCAUGAAGCAGCUAGAGCACAAACGCGAAGUGGAGAAACUGAUCGAGGACAGAAGGCGGCAGCAUGAGGCUGACAUGGAACUGGAGGCCAAAGAACAGGCGAUUGAGCAGGAGAGGCAGGCGCUGCGUCGGCAGAUUAUUGAAGAGGAGAGGCAGCGACUUCUCAAACGGCACGCAACACAACUCCUUGGAUACCUACCAAAGGGCUUGCUCGUUGAAGAUGACCUGAAGCACUUUGAUGAAGACUUCAGAAAGAACUUUGAAAAACGUCAGGCAGAUAUCUUCUCUGAGGACGACUGGGAUCAGUAAAUGUUUUGACAGAAAUGGUUUGUUAUGAACUAGAUGGCAUUUAAAUUACGGUUACCUUGGUAGCAGUUUCUGUGACAAAGUAAUUUCAUCUUUCAGGAUUCAUGAUGGAACUUUAAUAGCAUUCAGUACAAAACAAUUAAGAUGUGGUUAUAGGAUCUGAAUAAAAAGCAUUGCAGACAAGUGGUGUUAUUAUAAGGAGACACAUUUGAAAGUAAAGACUUGGUUAUCAGCAUGUCUCUGUGUUUAGGACUUCCCCCAGUCUAGAGCUUUCAUGAACUCCUCUUCUGUGAAGGACAGCAGCUUGGCAGCUUCAAAAUGCAUCUGCAUAUAAAAGAGGUCAGUUACAUUUCGAUUAAACUGUAAACAGGUCGACUUUUUAUUAACAGUGAGUUAGAGACACUAACCUUCUGUCUUUUGAGAAUGUCAAUCAGCUUGAGCUGUUUCUUGAAACCCACGAUGAGUUCUGCUUUCUGUUUUUUUAACAUUUUGUUUUCAGCCAGGAGAUUUUCUUUACUCUGAUGUUCCUCGCUCAUCUUGUCCUUGGAUCAAAUAUUUUAAAUAGAUUGAAAAUAGUGUAGCAGGGCAAAACCUUUGUGCAACAAGAGUUCACACUAUUAAAUCAGUUGAAGCUGGUACUUUAAACUAAGAGCCUCAUUUCUAUCUCCAAAUAUCUUCUUCCAUGUGCAGCAGAUGAGAUGCUCCACAAAAAAACCUCCUGGUGUCACGCAUGCUUCACUUUUGUUUGUUACGUGGUGUUCAUCGUUACAUAAUGUACCUGUUUUAUCAUUUAUAGUAGGAUCUUUCAUCUACUUAAAAGGAUGCAUUAUCUUUUUACUUUAAAUAUGUUGAAUAGUUUUUGGUCUUAAGACAAUAGUUACAUGCUUUUAAACAUAUAUCCAGAUAACAUGUUGCUUUUAUGACUUCUACAACAGGAAUAUACUGUAUCUCCAAAUAAAGAUUCAAUGUGUUGUGAUUGUUAUGAAUAUGUUCUUUUUAGUAUGUUUUAAUAACAUCUUUUAUUUAUUUGUGUAGUAAUCCUAUAUUUAAAUGCAUAACAUAUAUUUUUUUCAAUUGUACAGGACACUACUGCAAUCAAAGUCUGCUAAUUGAAAAGCACUUUUGAAAUGUGUUUUGUUACCAUUACACAAUAAAUAUAAAUCAUGAAGUUAAGAACUUCCUUCUGGAAAAAAUGUUGAGCAGGUGUUUGAUAGAAAGGAAAAAGAGCAAAAAACUAAAUCACUCCAGUUUUGCAGGUUGGGCUCGAUAUAGAGAAACAAAAGUACCUCUGUAAAAAAAUUAAUAGAAAAACAAAUAUAGUUUGGAUGAAUAAAUGGUGUUAUCUGCA